AUGUCUGUGAAUAGUAGAAGCUAUACAGUAGAAGAAGCGCUUUUACAUUUGGAUGGUGACUUCGAUAUUCCCGACGAAGGAGUUAAUUCAGACGUUGAAUGGCUCGAUGAUGAGGAUUUUGAGGAGCCUGAUCUUAUUUUGCCUGUGGACUCAGUCGCUCUACCCGACGAGGAGGAAGAGGAAAUAGAUCUUCGAACUGUUCAAAUUGAAGAAGCCGACGAUUUCGAUGAGGAGGUGGUAAGAGGGAGACCUAGCAAUGUAAGUGUGGAAGAAUUUAGUUGGUCUGAUGACAGGUCUGAAAUAAACAUUCCUGGGUUUUCAAAAGCAGUAGGGCCAAAUACCAUCUUACCAGUAGGCGCUUUGGCUCUUGAUUUCUUUCUUCUUUUUGUGAGUAAUCUGAUCCUUCAAAAUAUAUUGAGGGAAACAAAUCGCUAUGCCUCCCAGACUUUGCAAUCUAAGGGUAAAGAUCCUUCCACUUGGAAGCAAGUGUCUAUGGAAGAGCUGAAGGCAUUUUUUGGACUUCUCAUAGGAAUGAGUAUCCACAGACUACCUUGUUUACGGGACUAUUGGUCUUCGGACUGGGUUUUGGGUGUUCCAGCAUUCUCAAAGGUCAUGCCUCGAAACAGAUUUUUGGACAUUUGGAACAAUAUUCAUCUGUGUGACAACACAAAAAUGCCAAGGCCUGGAGACAGUAACUUCGACAAGCUCUUCAAAGUUAGGGAAUUUAUUGAGGAUUUGAAAACAAAUUUUCAAAUAAACUAUGCCCCUCACCGUGAGCAAGCUGUGGAUGAAGCGAUGAUAAAAUAUAAAGGUCGCACUUCCCUCAAGCAAUACAUGCCCAUGAAGCCCAUCAAACGUGGCAUCAAAAUGUGGUGUAGGGCAGAUAGCACUAAUGGAUAUUUGUGUGACUUUGAUAUCUACACUGGGAAGACACAACAAGUAGUUCAACAUGGACUAGGUUACUCAGUUGUCACUAAGUUAUGUGAAACCAUAAAAGGUCACUGGUAUGCCAUUUUUUGUGACAACUUUUUUACCUCGUACAGAUUGAUUGAAGAUUUGUAUCAGAAUAAAACACUGUGUUGUGGGACUUUGCGGUCAGGGCGUAAGGAAUUUCCCCGAUGUCUCUUUGACAAGGAUCGCAUAAAGUCAAUGAAGAGAGGUGAUGUAUUUUGGCAAAUGAAAGGUCCAGUACUUGCAAUUACCUGGAUGGAUAAGAAGGCAGUGCAUGCAGCAGGCACUUACACACAAGCACCUCAAGAGAACCUUCCAGAGGUCAACCGGAAACAAAGAGAUGGAACAAUUCAACGAAUUACCUGUCCCCAGCUUAUCUCUUCCUACAACACAUACAUGGGUGGUGUAGACAAGAAUGAUCAGAUGAAAUCCUACUACACCAUUCCUGUAUCUGGAAAGAAAUGGUGGAUUAGAAUUUUGUUUGAUCUUAUUGACAGGAGUAUUUUCAAUAGUUUUAUUUUGGAACAGGAGUCACCCAAUCAUGGAAAGAGAAACCUGAAAUCCUUUCGCAUUGACUUAGCAAAGCAACUAAUUGGUGACUUUUCCUCUCGAAGGAAACGUGGGAGGCCCUCUGAUGAGCCAUUGUUGUUGUGCAAUNGAAUAAUUAAGUAUAUUGUGUGA